CACCAACACCUUAUUCGAAUGACAUCUCUCCACAUGCGCUGUCCGCUCAUUACGAGCGGACAAAUGUUACCUUUUAUGCCGACUAAGACUUUCGCAAUGAUAUAUAGCUACGACCCCACAUCAUGGCUGCUUCAUCGCAGUUUCAAAAUCGCUUCACUCCAAUCUUGAACAUUGCGUCAUCAAGGGUCUCGCCGCAUUACGUCUUCUAUCUUAGAUACCAAGCAUCCGGCGCAUCCUUACAACAACUCUUCUUCCUACACUGAUUCUCUUUACUCGAACUCACUACACCUCACAACACCUCACAUAGCCCAGUAUGUCGUCGAAACUCGUGCCGUCCGACCCCGCUAGCGUCAUGGUGAUUCGCGACGUUGUUCCGCGCGUAAUCACCACUCUAUCAGUGCCCUUCUGGAGGUUCGGUCGCGUAAAGAUUGGCGGAAGAGGAACGAUUGUGCGCCUCGAAUCCGGUUCUCUCGCCGUCUUCUCUCCCGUCGCAUUGACCGAGGAUGUCAAGCAGAAAGUGUCCGAGAUGGGCGAGGUGAAAUACAUCGCCGCUUUAGACGCAGAGCACCACAUCUUCCUCGGCCCCUGGCACAAAGAAUACCCCAACGCGCAAGUCAUGGGCCCCGACGUCCUGCCCGAAAAGCGCGCAAAGCAGAACGACGAAAAAGUCCCAUUCUCCAUCCUCUUCAGCGCUUCCAAACCCGUCGAGUCCAUCUCGCCCGAAUUCGACGCAGAGUUCGAUUGGGAAUACGUCCCCUCGCACAUCAACAAGGAGCUCGUUUUCCAUCACCGCCCCACCCGUAGUCUCAUCAUGGCUGAUCUCAUGUUCAACCUGCCUGCUACCGAGCAGUUCAGCAAAACGGGAGUCGACCCGAACAGCGGCAUCUUGACCAAAAUCUUUGUGGCACUGCAGAGUACAAAGGGCGAUGCGAAGUGGCAGCAGCGUACUAUCUGGUAUGGAACUAGUGCGAGUGAUAGGAAGGGCUUCUCGGCUAGUGUGGAGAGGAUUAAUAAGUGGGGUUUCAACAGGAUUAUCCCUUGCCAUGGCGAUGUCAUGGAGGGGGAUGGUAAGGGUAUCUUUGAGAAGGUCAUGAGGUGGCAUUUGGAUGCUGCGGCGCAGGGAAAGAAGAGUACUUGAGUGUUGACAGAGAUGGUGGGGGCGUUUGAGGUGGUGCAAAAGUGAGGUGUGUAAACGGAGAAAAGCGCGGAGUUGAGGCGGGUGGACGAUGAUACCAGUGGAUGAGGGGUUGCUCUCUCUUUAUAUGUACUAAUCAACAUAAUUAUGUCCUUCGUCCUUGCCAGCAAGAACGCUUCAUAAAUGAUCGUAUCGCUUACUUCCUCCCCACCCAAUCCGCCAUCUCAAUAUCCUCCGCAAAAUUCCGCUUCCUCACAUCUCUCCCGUCAUACCCACCAUUCAUCUUCUCCUUCUGACCAGUCCAAAUAGACGCAAUACCAGC